GUCGCCAUCUUGUUCUAACUUAUGUUUUGAAAAGGCUCUUGAAUUUUUAGUUUUUCUCGCUUAARAGCGAGACAAAAAUCGCUGUUUCAAGCAUGGGGCGACGCUCCACCAGUACUACUAAAAAUGGGAAGUUUAUGAAUCCUACAGAUCAAGCAAGAAAAGAAGCAAGGAAAAGAGAAUUAAAAAAGAACAAGAAGCAGAGAAAGAUGGUCAGAGAAGCAGUACUGAAGACGAAAGAUCCCAAGAGGAUUCUAGAUGAAAUUGAAAAAAUAGAGACAGUCGAGUUAGAUGCUGGAGUGGAGCCUCUGCCUAAUGAUAAAGCUUUAAAAGACAAGAAAAAAAAGUUACGAGAAACUCUUGAAAGACUACAGAAAUUAUUUGAAAAAAGUGACCCCAAAAAGGCAGGAGAAAUACAAAAGUUACUUAAUGAAAGUGAGAAAAGAAGAGAGCAUUUACAGAUAGAAGCUUACGAAUCCAUGCAUGCCAAGCUGCAGGCUGAACAGUUUGCCAAUAUUCCUCUUCCUACAAACAUUCCUCUCCCUCACUCAGGUAUGUUAAUGCCGAGUGACAUCCCUCUGCCAGGACCGUUACCAGGACAACAGACCCUACCCCCAGGAUUAAUCCCCCCAGGCCCACCCCCAGGGGAACCACCUGUGCCUUCCACAGGUACAGUCUCUUCGGCAACAGCAACUGACAAAUCCAAACUUCUGCACCCCCCUGGAGUAAGUGACGCAGAUCAUGAAGGGUUGGAAGAGAAAGGUGAUGAUGUGGAUUAUGAUGAUGAUGGCAGUAGUACGAGUGAGUCUGGUCUUGACGAGGAUGAAUAUCAACAAGAGAUGAAGAUUGGAGACUAUGCAAAGAUGGACACACAAGACUUUAAAGAUGAUAAAACUCAAGAUCAACAUCAUCGAAGUGUGAGAUUCGCAGAUGAAGCCACAGAUCCUAACAAACCAGUCAGCCAAUCAGAUGACCCCAGGUCAGCUGUACAGAGAGCUCUUCUAAAGAUCGCAGGAAUAGCUGAUGGUAAUAAACAAAAGAAUUCUCAAACAUCUGAUCAGCGCCCCACACCACCCGGCCCACCACCAGGACCUCGUGGCAUGACAAGUGUCCAGCCAAACUCUCAAAUCCCCCCUCCCCCUACCCAUUUAUUCCCACCUGGACCACCCCCUAGAGGACCCCCAGGACCUCCACCCAGGAUGCCUGGGGGUAUGCCACCCGGACCCCCACCGGGGAUGCCACCAGGCCCACCACCAGGGAUGCCUCCAGGUCCACCUCCAGGAAUGCCACCCAAUAUGGCUGCCCAGGUGAUGGGUAGAGGACCAAGACCGCUGAUGCAACAGCCCAUGAUGCCACCAGGACCACCACCAAGAAUGCCAAGGCCUCCUGGUCCCCCUCCACCUCAUAUGAUGUCAGGACAGGGGUCAGUACUAUCAGCGCCUCCUUCUGUUAUCCGUAAACCACCUAUGGCACAUCUACCUGGUGAUGCUUCUUCUGGAGGCAUACUUAAGAAAACUCCAGGAGUGGUAAUAUCAGCCAAACCACAAAUACGAAACACUCAAGCAGAAUUAACAAAACUCGUGCCAACAUCACUCAGAGUGAAACGUGAAGCCCCAAAACAAAAGCCCAAAGGAAAAGACACUCUAGAAAACAUGCCUUCACAAGAACCAAGACGACCAGAACAGAAUAUAUCAGGCAGAGCAACAAAGGACGAUGCCUAUGCAUUAUUUAUGAAAGAAAUGGAGGGGCUUCUGUAACCACUGGACUAAAAUAGACCUUAUUCGUGGUGUGACAAUGUUUUCUCAAUUCAGCGUGACGAACCUCCAAGGCAUUCAUUUUCUUUUUCUUUUUUUUCUUUUUUUACUCUUCGAAAAAUUCACGAGUAUCCCAAAGGAUACGAAAGGAAUAAUGAUGAUAUCCCGACGAGUUUCAAAACAAUAGCUCUUCAUUCCCCCAGAGGUUUGUCACGCUGAAUUGGGAAAACAUUGUCACACUACGAAUAAGGUAAUCUAUUGGCCAUUACUUUGCCAUUACUAAACUCUGUACCUUUGCUGUUUGUUGUGCACAUUUCAGAUCACGUGAUGCCACUUCUGGGAGCUGAUCUUUUCACGUGUAAUUUUUCAUGCGUAUUUUAACAUGUUCGUCAUAAAAGUACAAUAGGACAUUUGCAUUAUAGCGUUGUUUACUACCACUUCCAGAAUCCUUUAAUACUUUCUUUUGUUCAGUGCAUUAACACCAAUUGUCAUAUUACUAUACUCGUGAGGAAAUACAAAGCUGAAUAAGAAAGAAAAAUUCGCCAAGCAUUUUGGUGGUGGGAGUUAAAUGGCUUAUUCUCAAGGAAAAAUUCAUGUGAUCGGAAAUGGUCAAAUUACAUACAAAGAUUAAGAGGGCUACGUUUAUUGACGCCUACUACACAUUAGCAUUGCAAAUCCAUUCCGAAUCUUUAUAUGGGGUGGCGAUUUUUUGUUUCGCACAAAAACAUAGGUAACACGUACUGCACAAGCUCGUAAAGUUACCGACACACUCCCUGGCAAUGGUAGUCAAAUGAAACAACCAAACGACCUAGAGGAUACGAAAGCUUUCUCUGGUAUCAAAUUGUGGAAGAAACUUUACCGCUGAUUUUAUGAGCAUGCGCAGUAUGUUUUACAGAUAUUAACAAAGCUUAUCGGUGAGAUCCGGGAUGCUUACCAUUUACCCGGAAAACGGUGGCGUGUACCAUUUGUCGACAGUCGAAAUUUUCCCGCUCUUUUCUUAACAUUGGCAAACGAAUUUCCAAUCGGAUGUAUUGAUUGAAGUGGUAAGCGCCCCAGAAUUGUGUUUUUCUAUUGGUUGAGAAUGGAUGACGUAAAGUAGGUAGAUAUGGCCUGGUAUUUCGUAGCUCUUGUCUUGCUCCAAACGUUUUGUCGAACGUAUUUCAUAUCAAUGUAUUACUUGUUAUUAAUAAACGAAUGCAGUCAAGUUGAAUGUGAAA